AAAACAGCGAGGAAGAAGUCACACCAACAGAAGAAGAAGAGCGGCCGCAGCUUUAUUUGGUUGCCGGGUUGGCUAAUAUUGAACAAAUUCAUCUGUUGGAUGAGAAUCUCUGCUAGCCUCUCCUCACUGAAGAGAUGGAUCCAGUUAAUGGUGAUCACGAUGGCGUUGAGAUCACCUCUUGGGUGUCGGUGUGUCCCAGGGGCCUCUGGACGGUCCAGAAGAAGCUAACCCAGUCUGGAAGCCAACAUAAAGUUUAUAAUCAUGGCGAAGUGUUGUCGUCUGGCUACAAACCAAGAUUGGGUUCGCUGUGCCUUGUCCGUGUGCACCUCAAAGCCGAUACGGAUGAUGCAGGAACAUUUAUAAAAGGAGAUGAGACCAACCAAGGAGACCGACUUGAUGCUCCAGGAGCAGAGUUCCCAAGGUGUCAGGACUGUGUGCUGCAGGUCCCGCUGGGUGACUGGACCACACUGCGACUCGGGGAGGGUCAUUGUGAUGUCACAGAAGCCUGUGUGGAGGGGAUGAGAGCUGGGGACGCAUGUGAGAUACGACUCACUCCGGUAAACUCCGGAGCUGAUAUGUUGAACUCUCAGCCUGUGGAGGAAAUAUGUGCCACAGUGGAGCUCCAAGCUUUCACAACAGGAAAAGAGUCCUGGCAGAUGUCACCUGGUGAAAAAUGGGAGUGGGUGAGGUCCCACAAGGCGAGAGGUGGGGAGAGAUUCAGAAGUGGAGACGUGUGGGGAGCAGCAGACAGCUACAGUCGCGCCCUCAAGCUUGUCAUCACCCUCCGUGGAUGUGAGGUGGACCGAGAAGAGCAAGACAUAGAAGAACAAAGAGUCACAUACACUGAAGAUGAAACAACCCUUCCUACAGUUAAUCAACUCCAAAGCUUGAAAGCUGAACUUCACUCCAACUUGUCUUUGUGUCAGCUCAAACUGAAACAGCCAGUGCGGGCCAAGGAAAGUGCUGAGAAAGCUACACAGCUGGAACCAGGUGGGGCUAAAGCAUGGUACCGACUAGGACAAGCCUGCCAAAUGGUGAAUGAGCUUGAAGAGGCCCGACUGGCAUUCAGAGAACUGCUGAAGCUGCAACCAGAAUCCACAGCUGCUGUGAAGGCACUUAAAGAAAUUGCGAGUAGAGAGAAGCAGACAAACGCACAGUUGGGAAAGAGACUAAGUAAAAUGUUUAGCUAGAGAUUAUGUAGCAGAAAUAUCCAAUCAUGAGUAUGACUGUGCUACUUGGUAACCACACCGCUCUGUUUUUAGAUUGUGUGAAUCUGGGGUGCUCGUUUGUCUCCUUGGCGUGCACUGUUCUGGAGAUAUGCCUCAUAUAAUUUGGGCAUAACACCACAGACUAUGAAUAAUGCUGCUGUGUUGACACUGAAACAUAAAGAUGGUUUUUAAUAUUUUUUAACCAUAACUUAAUUUCAGCAAAAAGAUGUUACAAAAUUAGCAAUCAAUGGAGAAUAAAACAGAAUGUAGUAUUACUGUACUGUCCAUCACACCCAUCCUCUCUGGCAUUACAACACUACUACUGUGGUGCAACUGAGGUAGGCCUGGGAGGCACCAGAAGACUUCAGGGGAGACGGCAGCUUGAAUAAAAUAGAAGAAAAAUAUACAGUAUUUUUCCAAACCUGCUAAGCUGAUUUCAAUAUAUGUUGAAAGGCAAAAUCAGUUCAUUUUAGGUACUGUAUGAUUUAUUUUGUUCUUAUUUGAUUAAUUGACAGUAAACUCCACAAAGUCUGCUCCAGAAAAUCACUUUUGGGAUGGAAGGAAGGCUUCAGCUGUCAUUUAAAGGGGCUGUAUAGCCCUUAGGCCUCACCCCAUCACUUUGCCUUACGGGGAAUUGGGACACCACUUGCUUGAUGUGAAAGUGCAAAACCUAGGACUGAGGGCUAAGGGGUAGAAUUGGGAUUGGCUGUGAUUCUCUGUGUGUCACGCUGCCACAUUUGAAAGCCCCCGCUCUUGGGUAUAUGUAUUUAUGUACUAUUAAUGCAUUUUUCCUUAUAUAUAUAUACAUAUAUAUAUAUAUAUAUAUAUAUAUAUAUAUAUAUAUAUAUAUAUAUAUAAUUCAAAUAUUAGUCAAUGACAACAUAACUGAACACAAAAUGCAGUUUUUCAAUUAAACUAAACAAUUAAACAAUCCAAACCUACAUGGCCCUGUGUGAAAACGUGAUUGCCCCCUAAACCUAAUAACUGGUUGGGCCACCCUUAGCAGCAACCCGUGCAGUCAAGCGUUUGUGAUAACUUCUAAUGAGUCUCUUACAGUGCUGUGGAGGAAUUUUGGCCCACUCAUCUUUGCAGAAUUGUUGUAAUUCAGCCACAUUGGAGGGUUUUCCAGCAUGAACCACCUUUUUAAGGUCAUGCCACAGCAUCUCAAUAGGAUUCAGGUCAGGACUUUGACUAGGCCAAUCCAAAGUCUUCAUUUAGUUUUUCAUCAGCCAUUCAGAGGUGGACUUGCUGGUGUGUUUUGGAUCAUUGUCCUGCUGCAGAACCCAAGUUGUUUUCAGCUUGACGUCACGAGCAGAUGGCCACACAUUCUCCAUUUCAUGGUUCUGUUUAUCACAGCAAGUCUUCCAGCUCCUGAAGCGGCAAAACAGCCCCGGAUUAUCACACUAGCAACACCACAUGUUACUGUUGAUGUGAUGUUCUUUUUCUAAAAUGUGGCGUUACUUUUAUGCCAGAAGUAAUGGGACACACACCUUCCAAAAAGUUCAACUUUUGUCUCAUCAUACCACAGAGUAUUUUCCCAAAGGUCUUGGGGAUCAUCAAGAUGUUUUCUGGCAAAAUUGAGACCAGCCUAAUCAUCUUUUUGUUCAGCAGUGGUUUUCGUCUUGGAACUCUGCCAUGCGGGCCGUUUUUGCCCAGUGUCUUUUUUAUGGCGGAGUCAUGAACACUGACCUUAACUGAGGCAAGUGAGGCCUGCAGUUCUUUGUUGUUUUUGUUGUGGGGUCUUUUGUGACCUCUUGAAUGAAUAGUCGCUGCGCUUUUGGGCCAUUUUGGUUGGCUGGCCACUCCUGGGAAGGUUCACCGCUGAUAAUGUCUCACACUGUGGUUCCUUGGAGUCUCAAAGCUUUAGAAAUGGAUUUAUAACCUUUUCUACUUGAACUCGAGUGUGAUAAACGACAGCCAAGUGAUGUUUUAACAGGGGGGCAAUCACUUUUUCACACAGGGCCAUCCAUGUAGGUUUGGAUUUUUUCCCCCUUAAUAAAAAGUUUGGUUUAAAAACUGAAUUUUGUGUUCAGUUGUGCUGUUAUUGACUAAUAUUUAAAUUUGUUUGAUGAUCUGAAACAUUUAAGUGUGACAAACAAAAAAAUAAGAAAUCAGGAAGGGUUGACACUUUUUCACACCACUGUAUAUGGUGUGAAAAAGUGUCUGCCAGUUUUCGAUUGGCCAGUUUUCGAUUUUUUUGGGUCUACCGCUUGACUUUUUUGUUCCAUAAUGCUCAGGAUUUUUCAAAAAAUGCAACCUCAGCAGCAAUGGCACGCUGCGAGAGGCCUUGCUUGUGCAGCUCGACAAUCCGACCAUGUUCAAAAAGAGAAAGCUUCUUAGAUUUAGCCAUCAGGAGGGCAUGACAGUGUGAAUGCCUGACAGAAAAUGAACAUUUUGAGCAGAUUUUGGCUUUGACAGCCUGUGGUGUUAAACUUUUGAUCAGCUGAUAAACAGCCUAUUUCCUUCUUGCUUUUGCAUAUUGUAGCUCGACUUAAAACCUCAUCCAAAUGUGCAAAAUUCAAAUUCUAGCAAUUUUGCAACAGGUCUUAAGAUUUUGAUCAGGAGUAUAUACUGUCCAGUCGUGGAAAAAAGUAUUAGCCCACCCUUGUUUCUUCAGUUUCUUGUUCAUUUUAACACAAGUUAAAGCACCGUUGUUAGGACAAAUAUAACAAUGGCAACAAAAAUAGCUUAUAAGAGUUCAAUUUUUUGGCAGUACAGUGCUAUAGAUAUUCAUGUACGAACUUAAGUGAUUUUGGUUAUCAAGAAAACCAUGGAAGUUGCUAGAUAUCAGCUCUUAAAUUACACUCUUAUGAGUUAUAUUUGUUAUCAUCAUUAUAUGUGUUCAAACAAAUGUACCUUUAGUUGUACCAGGCAUUACAAUGGAUCAAUAAACUGAAAAAACAAUAUUUUUUUUCCAUGACUGUAGAUGUUUAUAUUUAUACAUGUAUAUAAUGCAGAGUUAUUCAAAAAGAAUGAACAAAUUUCAUGGCACAUUGCUUUAAUUCUCAAACAUCGUCGUGGAAUGAGUCAGUGACCAUUUGAAAAAGGAGUUUUCUACAUUUUGAAUGGCUAUCACGGGGGCGCUGUAGUCGCGUUGUUCCUGCGGCAGCGUUCAGUUCUUUGUUUACCCUCAGAAUGGUGACCUCUCAGCAAAAGGUGUUCUACGUUCUCGAGUUCUUGAAAACAAAAUCGCUUGUCACGGUGCUGCAUGCUUUUCAAAGGCAAUUUGACAUUAAUAGACCCUCUCCGAAGAACAUUUGACGUGGUUUUGACAGUUUCAAGAGAGUAGGUGUGUAAAGGAAAGACCUUGCUCUUUGUGCUUGGCUUGGCUAAGAUCUUUAUGUUCUACCGCUACCCAAUAACCUCGAUGACCUUAAACAUCGAAUAACAACAGCUAUCAACUCAGCGGAUCGUGAUAUGCUGAUACGUGUCUGGGAAGAAUACUUUUAUUGUAUUGAUGUUGCCUGUGCUGCAGGUGGUGGCCACGUUGAACACUUGCAAGACCGGAAAUAAAACAUGAUUGAGGGUAGAAUGAAAUCGGUUAAUUCUUUUGAAUAACCCUGUAUAUCUAACGCGUAUGUCAACAGUUACUAAUAGUUACUAAUAGUAUAGUUAGUUACUAAUAAUACUUUGCACUGUAUUAUUACUACAAUAUGAGAAUGACAAGUCAUAUUGUAGUUCGUAAAAUGUUGUUUAUUUUGGUAGCAAUCAGAAUAUGUACUUCUGAACAAAGAUCACUAACAUUGUACUGUACAUACAGUAACAAUUAUACACUGUUUAUAUAACCACCACUAUCAUUAAUCCAGACAAAGGUUUGUCUUUUGGUGUGUGUCCCUUGUAUAGUAUCAGUCUGUCCUCUAGUCACAUCCCCUCCUAUUGUUUCUUGGACUUUUUAGUCCCAUCGGUGUGUCUCUGAGCUGCUGAUAGUUGUCUCCACGCGUCCACAAUGAGAGACAGUGGUAUAAUGAUCCACAGAAAGUUCAUGAACACAAAGUAGAACCAGAAGUAGAUGGGGUGUCCUAGCUCACUGUGAGAGUAGCCUUCUCUGUGCUCUAUGAAGAAGUACAGCACCGCUCCAUACAGCUGACCUGGAAUGGGAUUCCAGUACAUAUGAGAACUGUACCUAGUUGCAAUGUAAUGUAACAACUGCUUCACAAAUUGCACCCUUCUUACCAAGUGAAAGUAUGAGCUGCAGGACAAAUCUGUAGGGCUUGUUAGUUAAGAAGGCAAACACAGCCCAAAAGCUGAAUGGUCCCCAUAACCAUGCAGUCACGGUCUCCAUACAAACAGUGAAGUUAUCAGCUCUAGACACACACGAAACAUGCUUAGUGCACAAUUUGUCAAUCGUACCAGCUAUAUUACAAUUGUGUGCAAAUAUACUCACAUUACAUAUCGACUGUCCCCUUUGGAGUACUCUUUCCCUGAGAGAGAGAAAUGAGAACAGUUUUUUGUGAGGGGGCGAGCCAAGGGUCACGUUUUGGUGCCUUAAUGCAAUGUUCCCCAACCUCUUUGAGCCCAUAGACCAGCUUGUUUCUGUCAAACUUCUGACAGACCAGUGAUUUUUUUAAAAAAGCACGAGAGAGGUGCACUCCAGACACCAUACUGUAGUAAUCUAAAGCUAUUGUCAACCCUGUACACAACACAAAAAGUACAGAUUUACCAUCAGUGCGAGCCUAGUGUUUGUUUUGUAGAUAGAUGAUGAUAGUAGCGGGGUUUGAUGUGCAUGAGUGACAGGUGCAGCGUGUUUUUACCACCCUUUGUUUUGGAGCUAUUCAGCGCCAAAAA